AUGGAGACUCCACAGAUGCCAGCAGCUACCACCUACACACCCGGGAGCCCAUCAAAUGAGCCAACCCCCGCCUUUCCAACUACUACUACGCCCACGAACAACACGGCCAAACCCCGACUACCAAUUUACGACUACGAAAAGCCCACAAAGUGGGCUGAAUUCAAACGCAUGUGGAAGGGCGAUUUUGAAGACGAUGCGGAGAAAUCCAAAUGGAGUUUAUGGUGGGCUAUAUUUAUCGGGGCCCUCAUCUUCAUUGGCGCCGUCCUCCUCCUUACACUCAUCGGCGUCUUCUACCACCCUUCGCCGGAUCGCAUUAAUGGUCCAACAAGCACGAGCACAACAAAGGCCCAUGGAGCUACUGCUGCUACACUGACGGCCAUAAUCCCAACUUCUUCCGAUAAUGGUCCGAAUAUCCACGUCGCUAUGGUCCGACCAACGGAAGCCGAGUUUGAUGCCCAAGUCGAGAAGAUGUGGCAAGAGGGCGAAGCCUCGCUCCUCGAGACUCGAGGCUUCAGUGUUGUAUCGGCUCCUCCUUAUCUCGAUGCUUGCCAAGUGAACACCGAGUGUGACUGGGGAUACCGGUGUAUUGAAGGAACCUGCCAUCCUGGCUGUGAUUCUGACGGCGACUGUCGCGAUGGACACAAGUGCGAGCAUUGGAAGCAUGAUGGGCCGAGUUUUAGAUACUGCAUGGUCGGGCCGCAUAAGGAGUGCAGCGUUCACCUUGAUUUCUGUCGCAAGGAUGAUGAGUGCUGCUCUGGUCGUUGCAAGUCGAAGGGGAAGUGGAAGCUUUGCCAGCCCAGUGAAGGUCGAUAG